CAACCACAACGACACCACCACGUGUCACGAACCACCUCUAAACAGAAACUACUUCUUCUUCUUCUUCUUCUGUAACUAAAAGUCGAAUCAGCACUGGAAACACCUCAUAAAUUCGGUUACACUUGUUCAUGUUCGUUACGGUUACGGUUACAGUUACAGUUAUACAACACUACUAACUACUCAUUAUCAUUACAUCAUAAUAAUAACCGUUUUCUCUCUCUAUACAUGGGCUAGUAGUCCUAUUCCUCUUGACGCUCUUGCUCUUGGGUUUUUGUUUCUUCUUCUUCCUCCUCCUCCUCCUCUUCUUCUUUGUGUAUUUUCAUUCUCUCUUGUGAAUGGCGAAUCUGGAGUGCAAUCUGAGGGGACCUCCCACUCCUACAGCUCAAACAGGUGAGGGAGAUGAAGAUCUCUACACAGAGCUAUGGAAGCUGUGUGCAGGGCCUCUCGUCGAUGUUCCCCGCACUGGGGAGAGAGUCUACUACUUCCCUCAGGGUCACAUGGAACAAUUGCAAGCAUCAACGAAUCAGGAGGUGAACCAAGAACUGAGUCAGCAAAUCCCUCAUUUCAAUCUCCCAACCAAGAUUCUCUGCCGUGUUGUUCACAUUCAGUUGCUGGCGGAACAGGAAACUGAUGAAGUUUAUGCCCGUAUCACUUUGCUUCCAGAACCAGAUCAAAAAGAGCCUACAAUCCCUGAUCCAAGUCCCGUGGAAUCUCAAAGAGAAACGUUUCACUCUUUUAGCAAGAUAUUAACUCCCUCUGAUACUAGCACACAUGGAGGAUGUUCAAUUCGGCGUAUGCAUGCCACAGAGUGCCUACCUCCAUUGCCAUCACCUCCAUCGGACGCGGAUGAAAAUUCCCCACCACCAUCCCAGGAGUUGGUGGCGAAGGAUCUUCAUGGGUUCGAGUGGAAGUUUAAGCAUGUAUUAAGAGGUAAAGGAGAUAAAGGAGGUAAAGGGGGUAAAGGAGGUUCACCAAAGAGGCACUUGUUCACAACUGGCUGGAGUACCUUUGUCACUUCCAAAAGACUGGUUGCUGGAGAUGCUUUUGUGUUUUUAAGGGGAGAAGAUGGGGAAAUGAGAGUUGGGAUUAGGCGACUUGCGCGGCAGCAGAUCCCAAUGCCUUCGUCCGUGAUAUCAAGCCAGAGUAUGCAUCUUGGAGUGCUUGCCACUGCUUCCCAUGCUGUUAUGACUCGCACCAUGUUUGUGGUUUAUUAUAAACCAAGGAGUAGCCAGUUUAUUAUUGGCCUUAACAAAUAUCUGGAAGCAGUCAAAAAUAAAUUUACUGCUGGAAUGCGUUACAAGAUGAGGUUUGAAGUGGAAGAAUCACCUGAGAGAAGCUUUUUGGUCAGAUUUUCUGGUACUAUUGUUGGGGUUGGGGAUGUAUCGCCAGGAUGGUCAAACUCUCAAUGGCGUUCCUUGAAGGUUCAUUGGGAUGAGCCGGCAACGUUUCCGAGACCAGAGAGGGUUUCUGCUUGGGAGAUAGAGCCUUUUGUUGUCUCUACUGCGUUGGCCAAAAGGCCCAGGCAUGCUGAUCAUACUUCAUCGUCUGAAAUUGCUUCCAACACUCCUGCUUCUGCUUUUUGGUUUCAUGGAUCAUCCAUGUCCCAUGAUCCUGCAGAAUUAGGUGGUGCUGAAGUCCAAUGCAAGGAAAACCAGGUUGUAUGGUCCUUGAGGCAGAAAGAAACCAAUGGCAAUCCCAUGAAUAGCCACUCCAGUAGCUCUCGGGUUCGUAUGGAAGGAAUAUGGUCUAAUUCACCACAUGCGAGUGUCCCACCAAACCCCCCAAACAACAAUGCUGCUGCAAAACAAGGCCUUUCACCUAUUUCAUCCAAACCAAAUGAUGAUGGUUUGACUCAUGAUAAAGUUGAAGUAGAUGCUAGAAAGAAGACUGAGAAUCCCACAAAGAUCUUUUUAUUUGGAGUUAAUUUGACUAACAACUUCCGUAGUAAUGUGUCCCAUCCGGAGAAAGAACAGGCUUGCUCUGCCAUUGUUCCCGUUGGUCCCAAAGAAUCUACUCCCAUUACCAUUACUGCAUCAGCCACUCAGAAUGCUCAGAAUUCCAACUAUUCAGUGUCCGAUAAGGAGCAACAGAACCAAAUUUCUUCUGAUGUAUUGCCAGCAGAGAAGCCUAACAAGCUGGCAUCCUUACCAUCCAUGAGGACUCGAACUAAGGUUCAAAUGCAAGGUGUAGCUGUAGGGAGAGCUGUGGACCUAACCAUGUUGAAUGGCUAUGACGAGCUUACAAUUGAGCUUGAGAAACUGUUUCAUAUUGAGGGAGAACUCAGAUCACAAAACAAAUGGGCAGUUACUUUUACUGAUGAUGAAAAUGACAUGAUGCUUGUUGGUGAUGAUCCAUGGCCGGAGUUCUGCAACAUUGUGAAACGGAUUUACAUUUAUUCAAGGGAGGAUGUGAAGAAGAUGAAGUAUAAACUCUCCGUGCCUUCGUUGGACUGCGAAGAGACUUUGUUGUCGAAAGAAGAGACUUAAAAAAGUCUCAUUUGCUUAACUGAUUAGCUUUUAACUUGUUUCAGUUUUCUUGGUUUGGGGAGGGGUAGGGGUUUGGGAUGGUUUGGGUUUGCUUUAACUUCAGAGUUCAGAGUAGUUGACUGAUAUAUAUAGUACUGCCAUUAAACUACUUGAUGAACUUGGGUUGAAUGGAUUUUAUAUAACCUGAUAUUUUGUGAAUACCUAGUGUUUGUUGGGUGGUAGAAGCAGCAUGAAAACAUGGAGAAAUUCUUGGA